AUGGCUGCGUUACUCGAAGAUAUUUUUGAUAUAAAGGAUGUUGAUAGGGAUGGAAAGAUGUUUGCUAAGGUUUCUCGAAUAGUUUGUGAAAGUGAAUCUUUUAAAAUGGGUCUUAUUCUUGACGUCCAUUCCGAAAUCUUUCCUGCCACCAAAGGCGAAAAAUUCCGUUUGGUACUUACUAGAUCGCUCUUCAACACGGCUGGAUUCAAUGCGGAUGAUGAUGACGAUGAUGUUGAUACAGCUGAGGAGUUAGAGGGUCGUUUAGAUGGCAGUAAAAUGGCCGAAUUCGAUUACGUUUGCUAUGGAAAGAUUUAUCGAAUCGAAAGCCACGACAAAUCGGACGAAACCAGUAGACUGGCGUGCUAUGUUUCAUUCGGUGGUCUUUUAAUGCAGCUGAUUGGUGAUACGAGCAAUCUACAAGGGUUUCGCGUUGGAAAGCACAUCUAUUUAAUGCUGAAAAAACUGGCUUUCUAA